GUAAAUCUCCAGCUGUAGUACACGCCUCGAGGUAAAAAGGUUACGUGUUGGUGAACAAAACAGCGUAGAAUGCCCAAACUGAUGCGUCAUAGCGUGCAUGCAUGAAUCUUGGGGUCUUUCAUUCGCUGUGGCUUGAGUUUUGAUCGGGAUUUGGUUAUCAUAAUCAGCAGUCAAGCAUAGUUUGUCACGUGACAUCCUCACAUCUCUUCCAAUGGACAGCUGCGAAAUGGAGAACCGUGAUGCGAAGGAGCCUGAACAGCUUAGAAAGCUGUUUAUCGGAGGCCUGAGUUUUGAAACAACAGAGGAGAGCUUGCGUGCCCACUUUGAGCAAUGGGGAACUCUCACAGAUUGUGUGGUGAUGAGAGACCCAAACAGCAAGCGUUCAAGAGGCUUCGGCUUUGUAACAUACUCUUCUGUCAGGGAGGUUGAUGAAGCAAUGAAAGCAAGGCCUCACAAAGUAGAUGGCCGGGUUGUUGAACCGAAGAGGGCCGUGUCCAGAGAGGACUCCAACAAACCAGGCGCGCAUCUUACAGUGAAGAAAAUAUUUGUAGGUGGCAUCAAAGAAGAUACGGAGGAGUAUCACAUUCGGGAGUACUUUGAGAAGUAUGGAAAGAUUGAAUGCAUUGACAUUAUGGAAGAACGCUCAACAGGGAAGAAGAGAGGAUUCUGCUUCGUCUCCUUUGAUGACCAUGACACUGUCGACAAAAUUGUCGCCCAGAAAUACCACAUAAUCAACUUCCACAACUGUGAGGUCAGGAAAGCCCUGUCUAAACAGGAAAUGAAUGCGAUGUCCAGUAACCGGGGCAGGAGUGGGGGAUCAGGGAAUUUCAUGGGAAGAGGUGGUAAUUUUGGAGGUGGUGGCAACUUUGGUCGAGGUGGCUAUGGGGGAGGACGUGGGGGCUACGACAGUGAUUUUGAUAACGGUCCAGGAGGAAAUUAUGGUGGUGGACCAGGCUAUGGAGGUGGCCGUGGGGGUUAUGGAGGUGGUGGUCCGGGAUAUGGCAACCAAGGUGGAGGAUUUGGUGGCAACUGCGAUGGUGGUUAUGGUGGCAAUAGUGGAGGUUAUGGAGGCGGUAGUAAUUACAACGACUUUGGAAAUUAUGGUGGACAGCAGUCAAGCUAUGGUCCCAUGAAGGGAAACAACUUUGGGGGCAGAAACUCAGGGGGUCCAUAUGGUGAAUGUUAUCUGCAGGCGGCUAUGGCUCUGGUGGCAGUGGUGGAGGCUAUGGCUCACGGCGGUAUUAAUUAUUUCAUGUUCUGGCUUCAGUUCUUAGCAGGAGAGGCGAGGAGAUGAGCAAAGGAAUUGUCAGGAAAGCUGCAGGUUAUUGAGGCAGUCAUCUGAAAGCAUUAGAGGAACACAAGUCAGACUUUACUGCAGCUAAAGCCGAGAAGUUAAUGGAAGAAGGACUGUAUGAACAAGACAUGAGUGCAGACGAUGCCCUUCCCUAAUUGUGAUAGAUGUUUCCCCUUUUUGAGAAAAAUUUCUCUAUUUUCUUUUUUUGCGUCUGAAGUGUGUAUAUUGUGCCUGUGGUAUCAGGGAUAAAGAGUAAUGUGUGUGUGGUUUUCUCCUUUUUUUUUUUCUUUUUUUUUUGUGUCUCAAGUCAGUCUUUGAUACAUUUCCUUUUUUUAUAUAUGGGUUAGUUUUCUGCAGGCCGCUUAAUCCUCUGUCUUUUAACUUAGUUAUUGUUAGUAUCGAUAAAUCAGGCCCUUGGGUAAGCUAGAAAUUAACUUUUUCUUCUUCUGAAAUCAUUAUGUUUUUCUUAUUGCAAGUGUCAAGUGUAUUUUGAUUUUGUAUGUAAAGCACAGUGUGUAAAUCCUUCGUAGUACCAGUGUCAACAGAUAUAAACAGCCUGGAUAAGAAAUAAGGGAAUCCUUCACACCCCCUGUUCCCUGCAAACCGAAUUCUAGAUUGUUCAAAUAUUUUGACAAGUAGAAAACCACCGAAUAAAAUUGUGUAGUAAAGUAACUUGAGGUUCAGUGCAUCAUUGGCUCAGAAAAGGUUUCCAUGAGUUCUGAAUUUGCUGUCCAUGCUGCCUGCUCAUUGUGAUGCUGGUGCAGCUCAUCAGCAUGUGGCAGUAUCAUGAAUAUACCUGUGGGUGAAUGCAGUGUGCAUGUGUAUGUCCAGCAUUGUGUUCUUUUAUGCUCCGGUUACUGGAAGGAGAGUUUCGGGUAGUCCUAGGGAAGGGCCCCUACACCGCUUACAGCCAGUGUUGAAACAGUAGGACUAUAAAUGCCACAAGCACCUGCAGUUGGGCCUCAGCAUCGCUAGUGUGGAAGAUUGCAGAUGACUGUCAGACAGGACGCCUUCAGCCCCAGCACAGUGGACCAGGCAGCAUUUUGAGAGAGAAGGGAGAAGGCAGCAUCGAGCACAACGCCCAUGGAGGAAGCUUGAAGUGUCGGGCCUGGUAGUGAGCAUCUAUCCCUUUUCCAAGGCUAGCUAAACCCCCCAGCAGCUGGUGCUAGCGAAGAAAGACUAGGUCCUGGACACACUGGAGAUCCUGUUGAGUGAGAUACAGCAGUUUUACCAGCAAAUUCUAGAUGGCAGACAUUAACAAGCAAAGGGAGCCAAUAUUUCACAAAAGCUGACUUGAGAAGAUGGAGCAGGUAAGAGUAACAUCUUUGCUUGAUUUACAGAUGUGGAAAUGGGCAUUCUCGCUGAAAAUCUGUAAAGACCUGAUAACAUGGAAGGUUCUGGAUGGGUAAGGCAUUUUCCAAAAUAUUUUCCCAGGCUGCAUAUUGUGAUUGAAUUAUUUUUUACAGUGCAUUGAGAUUACAGGGGGUGGAAGACAUGAGUGUUCUAAAGAGGAAGAUGGGAGGCUGACAUCCAUAAAACAGGCUAUUAUGAGCAAAUUCUGUCCUUUUGCUGUUAUGCAUUUCGGUACACCCUUACAUUUAUUUAUUGUUUCAGUAUCCUUAUUGUCGAGAAAAUUAAUUUGGAUAGUUAUUAAACAAAUUAGGGCGAGGAAGAAAAUACUGUCAAAUAGGAAUAAUUAACAGCUAGAGACAAAUGCAACACUACCAUCUAAACAGCAGUAUUAAUAGAAAUAUGGAAAUUCUCAACACUUUUACAAUCAUCUCCAAGUACAAAUGAGCAGAAUAAGGAAAAACCUCUUUAAACUUACCAAAACUGCUUUGAUAGGAAAAAAGCUGUGUCCUGAUGAUUUUCUAGGUUUUUUUGUUUUUGUUUUUUUUAGUU